UUCCAGAGGAGAGUGAAACAUUUGAAGGAAAAACUUGUCCAACCUGCUGGAAAUUGAACUACAACAAUGAAUGUGUUCCAGAAACUGACAUAGUGUGCAGGGGGAAAGAUGACCUGUGCUACAGCUACGUGGGUACCUGGCGUGACCAAG